UUGCCCUUUAUUGCAGACGAUCGUUGUGCGCGUCGAAGUAUUGCAUUCACAAUCUUUAUUCGUUCACUUUUCGCCUUUGGUGCCAUUUAUGUAGUCAGGUGUAUAUUUAAUGUUAGAUGUCUUCAUCCCUUUCCUGAAUAUCUAAGGCCUCCAACCAAGCAUUCCACCAAUGUGGACACUGCUCCUUCGGUUGUUCCUGUUCCAACUGUUGUAAGCCGACCAGCCCUUCCUUCGACAACCCCCGAAUCUAUGUUAUCAACCACCAUACGGAAUUCGCCUGUCAGGCUUCUCCUCAAUUCCACUGCAUCGAUUUCAGAUACAUUAAUAUCUGUUCAACCACAAUUCGCACUUUUUCCUUCUGUAAAACUUUCAUCAAGUGACCAGGUUGCAGAUCGAUCUGCUGUCGGUAACUCUGCUGGAGCUGUUUCGAAGAAAACUGAGUUCGAUUCGAAUUGUGGUGGGAACGAUACAAAUUCUUCACACUUCAGUCCAAUAACGAUUAUUAGUCCAACUAAAAUGUCUUCCUCGCCUCAAAUUAUGCCUCUCGUCCAAGAUACUGAACUGAGAUCUUUUGCUAGACCUACACUGAGUGGAAGUGCGUCAUUCUCCACCGUUCCAACUACUGCCAAUGCUAAAAUUCUGCCCAUCGCAGUUCCUGCUGACGCCGUUUCUCAUUCGUCUCCCAAUCUUUUAACUACUCUUCGACCCGCAAAAAGUGACUCUGCCAGCAUUUCGUCCCUUUCCACGGUGCAAGUAAGUGCUGCAGGUCAAUCUCUUCCCGAUCCAAUCGUUAGCUCUGCGUCGCCAUUUUUAAAGGCCUCAAGCCUUGUCUCUCAUUCUACUGUUCCUGUCGUAUCUGUUGAGGCGAAUCAACCAGCUUCCUUGAUAUCUGUCUCCAAAAGUGGUCAGUCUUCUAUUAGACCGGCGCCGAGGGUUCCAAUAGCAGUUGCUCCGAGUCGACCAAUGGCCACAGGAGUAGCACUAAGUCGUCCAUCUAUUAGCCGACAGCCUAUUAUUGCUCCCGUCUCUCCAAUAAAUUCAUCCACUUGUCCCCUAACUCCAAGUCGAAAACGUGCUCGGAAGCAACAACUUUUGGCCCCACAGGGAACAGAAUCUCCUUCCACUGCAACAGGCACCGGCGCGUCGUCAGCUGUGGUCAAUAUUGUUGAAAUGGUCGCAUCGCCGAACGAUGGUGCCUCCAAAUCAUCGAUUCCAAAGGUCAUUACUAGUCCAGUUGUAAACUCAGCUACAACAACUAUUUCGACGUCAACCCCUAACAUCGAAGCUGCUCUGCAAUCAACCAACCCUUCUCCGCUACCCAUUGUUACUGUGGCUAGCUCAAGCUCAUCUGGAUCGGGUCAGGUGCUAAAUCUACGUUUCCUGCAGGUCCGCACAGCUGCUAACAAUGUGCAAGCAGGAAAAGAAGUUGCGCCACAUCUUGAACAAGUUGCUAUGUCACCUGCGACUUCAUUGGUGGCACCUCAGUUUCAUAGCUUGGUUGUCAGUUCAUCCUCAAAUGUCGCGUUGGAUGAAGUGCAGCCACCCCCGACUUCAACACCGGCACAAACCACUACCGCUUCGAUUGCUGCGUCCUUGGUCACCGCAUCCUCCUUUCAUUCAGGAAGUAUCGCUCCCCAACAAUCAAUGUACGUUUUCCCCACUACGGCUGUUGCGACUCCUCUGAGGUCAACUUCGACUGCAACAUCGUCAGUUGGAAGUGUAGUUCAGGUGCGCUUUCGAGCUCCCACUCCUACGAAACCUCUUCUCUCUAACGCAACAGCUCAACAAACUGUACGAACUGCUUUGAGCCAAUCGGUGACAAGUAAUACUGUGCAAGGUGGCUUUCAUUUGGCGUUACAGCCUGCAUCUCCCCCUUUGAGAAAAGCUCCUUCGAUUGAUUGGUCUACUCCAAAACCCAGUACGCCAGCAAAGCAACCGUUAGCACUUUCUACAACUGCCGCGUCUGAGGAGUGCACUCGCCAGGUACCAUCGGCCUCUAUCAACGCAAUCCCGAAGGUGACUCCGAUGGAUAGCUCAGGUCAACCGACUGUGCCGAUUCUUCGCGUGCCCGAUCCCAAUUCUAGGAAUUGCUUCGAAAAUUUUAGUAAUGCAAACGCAACUAUGGCAUCCCCCUGCAAACGACCAAGGAAGCAAAGCAAUAACGGGAGUGUAAUAAAAAAGCAAUGUACUUGGGAACUGCGUACUGAUCCAAUGGACUCCAAUAAAAGUGUUUGGCGAUCUCCUCUAGAAUGCACAGAUCGGCUGUCACCUUCGUGCAACUUACAGGACUCUGAACGCACGGGCACCACUUUGAAAAAGGAAACCGUGUCAAUUGGGGCUGCAGAUUCGAUUAUUCAUGGUCGCCCUGUGAGAAUGCGCAUGUACAAACCAUUGCAUUCAACUUCACGUUUCAGUGGAGUUUGGAAGGGACCCAAAACUGGCCACUUCCUCAGGUCGUCUGAGAUACGGCAACGGUCAGAAGGUUCUCAGCAUCCUUUAUUCUCUCAAUUUCGAGCGUCAUCAUCUAUGAACAGGCAUCCUCUCGAGUCAGGGCUUCGACGCCGACGUCCGCGUGAUCCAGUACAAUAUGAGCAGUUAGAGGUAUUUGAAAUUGGCAGUUCUUGCAAGAAUCCUGACUUCUUUGCGCUCUCCGAACUGCUUGAGCUGAGAAAUCAACAAGCAGAAAUGGGUUUUGUGAAUUAUCCCGUGGACACAACUUCACCACUUGAUCUAAAUUGUUGGAGAAUUGUCUUAUGCCUGAAAAAUUGUGAGAAGUUGAUUGGCGUAGAAUAUGAGAAAUUGUCGACGCUUUCCAGGGCAUUUGAAGGAAUCUUUCAAAAGCGAUGUGAAUGCUGCAGUGGUCAGAGGAUGCAAGGAGGGCAGGCGUCUUCUGUUCGUGAUUUUAUCGAAGAUCAGCAACAGGAGUUGAUCACGAGGCUAUUCUUGCAGGCUAUCCCUCCUGCCUCUCCCUCCACCUCUGAGUCUCGCGCUGGGAAUUCAGAGGAGCUAGGGAAGUGCAAGAGGACUGACGAUAAGCCAAUGCAUUAUACAAAGGUUGGAAUGGACCUCAAAGUAAUUGAAGAACGUGCUAUGGGCUUGCUUCAGAGGAUACAGGCUUUGGUCGACGGUCUUCGGCGUGUGUCUAAAUUGUCUCGCGAUUUGAUUGCUGGCCAUCGGGAGCCCGUUAUUUCCUUCGUUGACGACCUAGAAUUCCUCCAGCAGAACGGCAGUGCUCGCUCCUCUACACCUUCUUCCUCUCGCUCCCCUCACCAUCGGCUAGACGAGGGCAGCAGUAAUAGUGCCAUUGGCAGCAGCACUAGUAGUGACACCGAUGAUGAAAUCGAAAUUGGUGACGUGAGGGUGCGGACGAAGCCUCUAGGUCCUCCCUCCUCAUCUCGUCCAGCACUAUCGUCUACUUCUAGUGGUGGCCGUCGAAGAUCAGUCUCCCCCAUGGUAAUAAAGAGCUCGUCUCCUGUUCGCGCUACCUUCCAUAACGGUCGGCGGAGGUGA